AUGCCUCCACGACAGGACCCAACCAAUGCUCAGCUAGUUCAAGCGUUGACGCAACUAGCUCAGAUCAUGGCUCAACAGGCCAAUGCGAAUGCUGCUCAAGCCGCCGCCCAAGCUCAACGGGUUACGGAAGAGAAUGCUAGAAGGGUGCAGAGACAGGAAAGAGAGAAGGCACAGGCUCAAGUGAAGAUACUGACUGACUUUAACCGCCAGGAUCCACCUAAGUUUCACGGAGAAGUCGAGCAUGAGAAGGCUGACAAAUGGCUGCGGGAGACGGAGAAGAUCUUUGAAGUACUUCGUACUCCGGCUAAUGAGAAGGUGAGACUGGAAACUUUUCAGCUGAAGGGUGAUGCUGAAUACUGGUGGAGGAGCGCCAGGCAGUUGAUGACGGCCAAUCAGGUGGCUGUUAACUGGGAUUCUUUCAAGCAAGCGUUUCUGGACAAGUACUUUCCGGAGACAGCUCGAGAGGAUAUGGAAGAUCAGUUCCUCAGACUGAGACAAGGAAGUAUGACCGUUAGGGAGUAUGCUGCUAGACUGGAGACUUUGUCUAAGCAUUUCAAGUGUUUCCAAGUGCGUGUGUAUGAAGUGUAUCUUUACAACCGCUUCAUGGUAGGAUUGAGGAAUGAGAUUGAGGAGUCGGUGAGACCUUUGGGGAUUCGAAACUACCGUCAACUAGUGGAGAAAUCCCGAGAAGUAGAGGCUAUGAAGAGUCAUCGGGAAAGUGGAGGACCCAUUCGGUCCAAUCAACAACAUACUGGGAAGAGUGACAAGGGGAAGUUGCAUCAGAAGAAGCCAUAUCAACGUCCUAGUGGUAGACGAAAGUAUGCUGGAAGUGGUGGGGUACCAACCCCAAAGAAGGAUGUGGUUUGCUUCAAGACAGGGCACUAUGCCAAUGAGUGUGGAGAAACUGGAACAGUGUGCUGGAAUUGUCAGAAACUAGGACAUAUUGCGAGAGACUGCAAGACACUUAAGGCUGAACCAGCUUUGAAUGCUGCUAAGGGAAAGCGACAUGCUGCACAGGCACGCGUGUUUUCCAUUACCGGGCAAGAAGCCGAGAAUGCAAGUGGACUGAUACAGGGUACAUGUACUAUUACUGGAACCCCUUUAUCUGUUUUAUUUGAUUCGGGUGCUACACACUCUUUUGUAUCUGUGCAUUGUGUGAAGAGACUAUGA